GCGUCGUGACUCCCUUGGCCGCCUCCCUCGACUCAAGUCUUCCACAAUUCCUCCUCAAGGCCACCAAGUUUUAUCGUUAUUUUGACUUCUCAAGUUUCCUUGCGCCUCUUCGGUUUCCCUCAUCAUUUCGUACUCGGAGUCAUGGAUAAAACAGUAAUCACCAAAGCCCUCGUUUUCGACGGCAGCUCUCUCCACAGGGGGCCUCGCCAUUGCCACGUCCAUCUCGACGAUGACAUUGAGAAAGUGUCUCGCCUCCUUUUCCAACUAGCCAAGGCAGGUGUGACCACAGCCCUAGACAUGGGUCACUUCACUGGUCCUGUGCAAGACUCGCUCCGUAGCAGCUCUGUAAUGGCAGAUGCCGCUUCACCGGGACCUUCGCAACCAGCACAGUCGUGGCUGAUGUGCCUGGUCAGAGUCAGGAAGUCGCGAGCGGCCGUAGCGGUCACAGAAGCUACCGGUACUGUCUCUGCUUGCUUCCAAAAGCGGAUUGAUUGGCAAAACCCCGGGGUAGCUGAGGAUACCAACCCGGUCUGGCUCCGACCAUCACCACCUUUACUACCAUACGAGGCCCCGUGGGCUCAAUCCCCCAAUAACGAUAUUCGCUAUACCAAGAACGCUUGGAAACAGGAUGCUGCCGUAAUUGCCCGACUAUAUGAUGAGAUCCAACGCAAUGGCUUUCCCCACCUCCAGACACACCUCACCGACGCCGAUUUUAGGGAAGCCCGCGGUAUCCUACGAGGAAUGGAUGCGGGCAGACGCCAAGUCGCCAAUGACCGUGCCCUAGAAAUCAUCCAUUCCCAGAAAUCCUUAAUGAGCCAGAAAUACCAACGCCGGUACCCGCUCCCAAUGGCCUUGACGGCCAGCAACGUCCCGGGCCAUCCCACCAGGGACCAUCUCCACCAUACCGCCCCGAACCUGGAUCUCCUGGACCCGCGAACCGAGAUCAAUUUAGCAAUGGCCGAGAGCAUAACCACGGAGAUUACUCUCGCCACGGCGCUGAUCGAUACCCUCGAGACUGACCGAGACGCAAUCAUUGAGGCCCGGAAACGUGGGAUGUUGACUGUGGCCCAUGCGGCUAGGAAUGGAGCGCUCGAGAUGGCGCAGGAAGGAAAGGUGGAUAUCGUUACUCAUGUCCCGUUGGACAUCCCACUUGAAGAUGCUGCUACGAAGUUGAUGAAGGAGGAAGGGAGGGUUUGUGUUCCCACUCUUGUCAUGGAGGGGACGAUGGCGAAUGGAAAAGUGUUUCCUGGCUUGAAAUAUUCCGCGGCAAAAGAGUCAGUCACCCGAAUACACAAAGCUGCUCUUCAUCGCGAGUUGGAACUCCUCGUCGAUGCUAGAUUGUCGAACGAGGAGGCUCUGAGAGCUGCAACAAGCUUGACAGCAGAAUGGUUUCGGUUGAGCGAUAGAGGGGCGAUUACUGUUGGGAAGAGAGCAGAUAUGGUCCUUGUCGGUGGGAACCCGGCGGACGACAUCGCAGGUACCAAAAAUGUGAAGAGGGUUUGGAUCGGGAGAGAGGAAGUCCCACUGGGGUGA